AUGGCCGAGCUGGAGGGCUCGCCCAGCGGCCGCCGCUCUAAGAAGAAGGCCAAGGCCAAGGCGAAGAAGGGGGACGAGAAGGCGCGGGCGCAGCAAGCGGGUGCGCGGAGAGAAGGCCGUGCGGCGGGCGUGACCGGCGGCCCGCCCCCUUCCUGUCUGCAGGACGAGGGGAAGAAGCCGAAGAGUGCGAUCGCGGAGAAGCUGCGUGCGGCGCAGGAGGCGCGCGCGCGCGAGGAGGCCGCCAUGACGCUCGCUCAGGAGCUAGCCGAGGAGGCUCAGCGGCUCGACAAGGCUCUGGCCGUGGUGCGGUUCAGCGACAUGCUCGAGGACGUCGGCGUAGUUUCUGUUUCGGAGAUCGACGAGCUGGUCGCCAAGUCGGCGGCGGCUGCGGCGGACUACUCCGAGUACGACCGCAUCCUCAAGAUUGGAGACGCCGCACUCUCACUGAGGAGCGGCGCCGCCGCCUAA